AUGAUUUCUAAUCAUGAGGUUGAAAUCAAACGAAAAGACGAUACGGAGACAACUAUCUAUGCCCAAAAUAUCAUUAUAGCUACUGGAAGCAGACCUAGGACCAUUCCUAAUAUUGAUGUAGAUGAAAAAAUCAUUAUGACUAGUGAUGGUAUUCAUCACAUGGAAUCUUUUCCUAAGAGUUUAGUAAUUAUUGGAGCUGGAGUUAUUGGUUGUGAGUAUGCUACUAUGUUUUCUAGUUUUAACAAAACAAAAGUUUACCUCAUUGAUAAGGCCGAUCACAUUCUUCCAUUUGAAGAUAGAGAUGUCUCAUCGUUAGUGGAAAAUAAUUUGAAAAAAAAUGGAGUAACCAUUCAUAACAAAGCGAAUCUAGAACGACUUGAAAAAAUUGAUGGGGAAGUAGAAUACGAAUUAGCAUACGCUGACGGGAGAAAAGAAGUUAUCCGAGUAGAAAAAGCAUUAUUAUCUAUUGGUAGAGUACCUAAUGUAGAACAAAUUGGUAUGGAGAAUGCUGGAGUGUUAAUGAGCAAACGAGGGCGACACAUUGGAGAUGAUGACACUCAGACUAAUAUUCCUAAUAUAUAUGCUGUAGGAGAUGUAUCUGGAAAUAUCUCUUUAGUCAAUGUAGGUGAACUUGAAGCCAGACAUUGUAUUGAGAAAAUGUUCAUGGAAGAACAACCUGAGCGUAUAUCUUACGACAAUAUUAGUAAUAUAAUGUUCUUAGACCCAGAAGUUGCUGCUGUAGGAAUGAACGAAAAGCAAUGUGCUGAACAAAAUAUUCCUAUCAAAGUGGUAAAAAUAGAUUUCUCUUGCAUUGCAAGGGCCAUAGCCAUGCGUAAAACUGAAGGUUUUUUUAAAAUCAUUGUCACCAAUGAUAAAGAAAUGAAAAUAUUAGGAAUGAGAGCUAUUGGUGAACAUGCAUCUAGUGCAAUUCAGGCAGUUGCUCUAUUAAUAAAAAUGGAUAAAGGGAUAGAAGAACUUGCUGAACUUAUUCACCCACAUCCUUCUAUUAUUGAAGGGAUUCAAGAAUGUGUGAGAAUGUUGCUCAACAAAUCCGUAUUUAAAUCUUCCAUCUUUAAAGAUAAACUUAAGUGUUACAGUUGUGUAGAUGGAGUCUGCACACCCCUUCAAAGACUAUAA